GUCUUUGUUUCGCACGUACGCUGACGCACACGUUGCAUUGAUUGAGCGCGACGCUACACAGUUCUACACAGAGCCUUGGUCGAGUUACACUUCCGCCAUUCCACUUUCGUGUGUACUCUAACGACAUUUUACAUAAGUGCUUGUCCCUUGUGUCGAUCGUCGUGCGACUUUUGUUUUUUGAUAUAAUAUUUAAUAAACUUAUCGUUGCAUCAUGGACGAGGACAGACCCUACCUGUGCGCGGAAAAUUCAUCGGGCAACGUUUGCUUGGCCAACUGCACCUUCAACUGGACAAUAAGCGAGUUUGCGACCCGCGAUCGCGACCAGAUACUGUCGCCGGCCUUCUCCAUGGGUGUAUCAACGGAAUUCGUCGAAUGGAGAUUACGACUGAACGAAGAGUCCGUCGAAGGUACACGUGUUUUAAGCCUCACCCUUAUACAUUUAACAGAGACACCGAUACACAUUGCGGCAAAAAUCAGUAUUCUGAACAGAAGAAACGAGCCGGUCAAAGUGUCGAGGUUAUUGAGGAAGACUUACGACGAUACAGCCACCUCUCAAUUGUUCAGUAGUGUUUCGGAUAUUGGCUUCAUUUUGGAUAAGAAAAAUGAGGUUCUCACUAAAAAGGGUGAACUGGUCAUCAUCUGUGAGAUGACGCAAGAUGAUAAGCUUGAAACAAAGAAAAAACAAAAAAUCAAGACCCAACUCGAAAACAGCUAUGCAGCAUUAUUAAGAGAUAGUGCAGAUGAUAAAACUUCAGACAGUAUAAGUGACAUGAUCAAUCGAUUGAAAGAGUUUGACAAAUUUGAAAAACUCAUAGACGAUGAACACUAUUGUAAUACUGUUUUUGAAUGCAGCGGAGAAGUAUUCUUUGGUCAUCGUUGCAUUCUCAUGGCAAGAAGUACUUACUUUGCAAGUUUAUUGAAAGACGAUACACAAGAAGACGAACCCAACAUAAUUGAAGUUACUGAUAUUAAACCAAGAGUUUUUAAAGAAGUCAUCAGGUUCAUCUACACAGGAAGAGUUGAGCACGAUGGUUCAAUGGCAAAAGACUUGAUGGCUGCAGGAGAAAUUUUAGGUAUUGAUGGAUUAAAAUCAAUAAGCGAACAAAAGUUAUUAAAAACUUUGAAUGUCGAUAAUGUCCUUGAUAUGGUUGCUGCAGCUAAUAUGUACAAAGCAAGCGAAUUGAAGAAAGCUGCUAUCAAACUACUUGCUUCGCAUUCUGAUGAAAUCAUUAAAAAGUUAGACAUCAAUUAAUUUAAUCUUUUGAAUUAUGAAAAUGGAUUACAACUUUUAGUUUUAGAAUCAUAAAUUAAUUUUUUAUUCGGUUUGAUCAUUCAAUUGUGACAUCAUGUUAUUAUAUUUCUAAGUUUCAAUGGCGUACCAUAAAUAAUUUUAUUGAACCAGUGUGACAUCAUGUCUUUAGAUUAAAUAGUAAAUAGUUUAAUUUUUGAUAAAAUUAUUGUUAGAAAAUGUUAUUGAUCAAUGUUCAAGAAAUGGUUAAGAAACUUUUUAGUUAUUUCUACUUGUUUGUGACAAAGUGUACGUAAUAUUAGUAAAUUAUAGUAAAGACAU